AUGGAUGCUUACUCAGGGUACAACCAGAUCUUCAUGCAUCCUGAGGACCAAGCUCAUACAUCCUUCAUCAUCGACCGUGGCCUUUACUGCUACAAAGUCAUGCCAUUCGGCCUCAAGAACGUCGGGGCUACAUAUCAGCGUCUAGUGAACAGCAUCUUCGCUCCACUAGUUGGCAACACCAUGGAGGUUUAUGUUGAUGACAUGCUGGUCAAGAGUCGCACUGCUGACCAGCACAUCCCCAACCUCUCUGCCAUGUUCACCAUUUUGAAGCAGUAUAGGAUGCGGCUCAACCCCACCAAGUGUGCAUUUGGGGUGGCCUCCGGCAAAUUCCUUGGCUUCAUGAUCAGCCAAAGAGGUAUUGAGGCCAACCCAGAGAAGAUCCAGGCUAUCUUGGACAUGACGAUACCCAAGACGGUCAAGGACAUUCAGAGCCUUACCGGGCGUGUCGCAGCCCUGACCAGAUUUAUCUCUAAAGCUACUGAUCGUUGCGCCCCAUUAUUCAAGGCACUUAAGGGUAGCAAACGCAGCAUUACCUGGACUGCCGAAUGUGACCAGGCAUUCGGCGAGCUCAAGGCGUACAUGAGCCGAGCCCCUUUAUUGUCAACCCCUGAGUCUGGGGACGUCCUCACCAUCUACCUCUCUGUCUCGGCUACAGCGGUUAGCUCAGUGCUCAUUCGACCACACGAAGGUGCUGAGCAUCCGGUGCACUAUGUGAGCAAAGGAUUGCAAGAUGCGGAGAUUCGAUACCCAGACAUUGAGAAACUUGCUGUCGCCCUGGUCGUUUCGGCUAGACGCCUCCGGCCAUACUUUCAAGCUCACACCAUCCAUGUCUUAACCAACCAACCACUCAGGCAAGUGUUGCAGAAGCCAGAGACUUCUUGGAGGUUAGUCAAGUGGGCCAUUGAACUUGGUGAGUUUGAUAUCCACUACAAACCCCGCCAAGCCGCAAAGGGCCAAGCCGUGACUAAUUUCAUAUCUGAAUUCACCGAAUCCCAUACUCUGGCCAGUCCUUAG